AUGACCGAGAAUCGCUAUCGUCCCUCCUCCCCGCAGCGCUAUGCCAAUCCUCGGGCAUCGACGGGCGCCAAUAUCUACUCCUCUUCCUUCGAUACUCGCUUUGCUGCCCAGCCUCGGACAGUCCUAGACUCAUACCCGAGUGCGCGCCCAGCAAGCGUCUAUGCCACGGGAGCACCUAGGAAGACUUUCCUUGACGAUGCUCACCCUGGUGGAGGUCCGGUCUUGCGUACCGAGUAUACCGUUCGUCCCAGGGGAAACUCGUCGAUUUCCUCAGAGUCCCGCCGACCGAUGAGUACAUAUGUCGCCCGACCCGCUUCACCUCCUCGCGUGCGACCGGUGAUCAGCACAUCAUCGCGCGACGACGGACCCAGAAGCGCUGUUCUACCUCCCAGGGAAGACCGUUAUCUCAUGCCAGCAGCCUCACAGAGUCGCCAUCAUCACCGACACUCCAGUGCAACCCGAGCCGACCAGGAACGGCUUAGCUACCCCAGGGUCGAUCGCCAACCUGAAUAUCACCGAAGAGGGGGUUACAAUGCUUAUCCACAUGUGGCCAGGGAUGUGCCACUACAAGAUGAUGGAUUCUCGUACACAACGCCCAAGGAGCAAUUCUUACAAGAGUCUUCACGACUUCCUCAGCGACGAGAGAGUUUUGGCCGGCGAGAACGUCCCAUAAGUGUAAUUGGUGGACCAGAAUAUAGGCAGUCGGUAAGACGAGACCUUGGCCCUCCUCCAGCAUCAUCCCGUGCUUUGGACAGGAUCGACAGGGCCGACAGCGUUCGGCACUCAGGUACGCGAAUUAACGACGUGGAAGAACGUGGGGACGGCAUACCUCGACGCCGUGGUUCGCAUCGCGCUCCAGUCGUGCAUCAUUAUCGCGACGACGGAUACACCUCGGCCAGAGACGACCGUGAGUCUCGUGUACCGCCACGAUCGAGACAUGACCGGGUUGACGAUGACGACGAACGAGCAGAACGCCACAAGCGUAGACCGCGCGAAGAUCGAGAGAGGGAGGUACAGCCUGAACCUUCCCGUGACCUCGACAGACGGGAUCGGGACAGAGAUAGGGAUCGGGAUCGAGACCGAGACCGCGAGAGGACAAGGGAGCAUGAUAAGAGCGGUAGGGCAUCCGACGAUCGCCGUCCGCAGAGAAGUCGUGAUUCAAGCCCCGAACAAUCAGGGCUGCGCAAACACUUGUCAACAGCCGCUGCAGUUGCUGCAGGAGCUGGCGUUGUGGGACUUGCCUCUAAGAAAGCUCGUAGUCCGCACGAUGGAUCCGACAGUGACGAUCGCAAAGAGCGAAAACACCGCAAAAGUCGCCGGCAUCGGAAUGGCGAAGAAACAAGCCCAGACGAGCUCGCAGAUCGUGUCGAGCGUGACUUGAAAGUCUCUAAUGGAGACCGAGUGCCGCAAGAGCGACGCAGAGAAGAUGUGAGAGUGGAAGAAUCUACCGAUGACCGAGAGGAGCGUCACGAAAGAAGAAAGCAUCGCCAUCACAGGCACAAGGACAGAUCUGAACGUGACCAUGAAUCAGACACAACGGAGAAUCCUGCUGAGGUAGAGGCUCGGCAGAGGGCGUCGGCUCGAGACGCAGCAGGUCGAGAGCCUCAAUACCCUCAGGAGCAGCGCAUGACAUCGCCGGGUGAGGACGAAGAUGAUAGGCCACGGCGGGUCCAGCUAGUUGAACCUGUGGACAAGAAAGAGGACGUCAAACCGAGGGGCAUUCUUAAACCUCCUCGAGCAGUACCAUUCCCAGAAGAUCCUCAUCCUGAGCGCGAAGGUGUCGCGCCGCUCAAGGAUGCUACGAAGGAUGGAAUUCCUGCUAAUGCACGAUGGACGAAGAUCAGUCGUGCUCUGGUAAAUCCUGAAGCGCUGGAGAAGUUGCAUGAGAGGUUUGAGGAGAGAGAUGACUAUGUGAUUGUCCUACGGGUCGUGACGCGAGAAGAAAUUACCAAAUUCGCAGAGAAGACCAAGGAGAUCAGAGAAGCUCGAGAGCGACAGUGGCAGGUUGAACUUGACGAGCGGCGACAACGGCGCAAAGAGAGAGGCGGUCAGCGUGAGAGUACCGACGACGAAUACUCUAGCGACGAAGACAGAACCCCUCUGGCCAUCGAACCAAAUCAACAAGCUCAUGGUCUCCAGGGAGAUCCUAGAGCAUACCUUGCGCAACAACAACAGAUGAGAAAUGAACAGCCAGUCCCAGUCCCAGUCCCAGUCCCAGUCACCGGUCAACCUGGAUAUUAUCCGGCGCAACAAGCUGGUCCUAUGCCUCCGCCGCCACCACCACAAGGAAUGCCUGUGCCGGAUAUUAGGGUUGAUCCUACUGCUGGGGGAAAUUAUGCGACCAAUGUGUAG